AUGUGGAGGCGAAUCUCUCUCCUCACCAAACCCCGCUUGCGCUUCACCUCCUCCAUCCCAAUACCAAUCAAUUUUUACAAUAACCACCUCGCCAAAACCCUAACUCCUGCCUUUCCAUCUCCUCUUUCGGUUUCCAAUGGCUUGGAGCGGGCUUCCUUCAGUACUGCUAUGGGUUCGUCGCCGGCAAUAGAGAGUCUGUUGAAGCUGAAUGAUCUGAGGGAUAACAAGGGGGCGAGGAAGAAGAAGAAAAGGAAGGGGCGGGGAAUCGGGUCCGGGAAAGGUAAGACGGCAGGGAAAGGUCAUAAGGGUCAGAGGGCGAGGGGAGGAAUAAAACUAGGAUUCGAGGGUGGCCAAACUCCCCUGCGCCGCCGAUUGCCUAAGCGCGGAUUCAAGAAUCCAUUUAGUCUUACUUUCCAG